AUGAGCGCAGAAGCAGGAUCCAACGCCGCGGGUCCUCUCCAUGUCAUAAUCAUCGGCGCCGGCCUCGCAGGCCUGGCCACCGCCCUCUCGACAAAGCUGGCAAACCCUUCCCACCGCGUCACGAUUCUCGAGGCCGUCAAAGAGCUUCAAGAAGUCGGUGCCGGCCUCCAGCUCACCCCCAACGCAACCCGCCUCCUCGAAGCCUGGGGCCUGAACCCGACCCUUGACCCCCUCGCGACCCGCCCGUCGACUCUCUCCGUCCACCGCUACGACGGCACCCGCCUUCUCGCCCAUGAGCCGCAGCUACAGGAAACCAUCCAGUCCCGCUACGGCUAUCCCUUCUGGGGCUCCACCGCGUCGAGCUCCAGCGCGCCCUUGUCGACCGCUGCACCGCCCUUGGCGUCGAGAUCCGCCUCUCCUCGCGCGUCCGCUCCGUAG